AUGAAUUUACAGAUGAUGGCCAUCAACACAGGCUCGACUACGGGUUGCAUAACAAGAGAUGAAGACUUUACGGUACCCAGCACUCUAGUAUUUUCAGGCCAGUUGAUCACAUCUGAAGAUGCUCCAUCAACGCCACUCUACCAACUCAACAGAGAACUCGCUUGCAAAGUUCAAACGAAUAUGGCCAUAAUAUUCGAGAGUGUUCAAUUUACUGAAACUAUUAAUCCUGAAAGUAAAGUUAUUCGAAGGCGGAAAACCAGUCAAGAUCUAUACUACCUGGUACAUCUUCGGAACAGCCCAUUAUCUCAGGACAAUUUACCCAUAUACUACAUCACAGCAGCAUCGCCAGGAAGUUUAGGGAAUAUUCAGCUUGAUAUUUGCAACACAGACCACCAAAAGAAGGAUUUCAAGGCGAUGCUAAAUGCCGACAAGUCUGCAGCAGAUAUCCUGCUAUUCAAUCGCGACACCCAGCAGCUGCUAUUUGACAUUAAGCCCGAGUGGAAAGGCGAUCAAUAUCAGUGGAUUGAUGAGAACGGAGCAAAAGUUGCGUUCGAGUCGAGGACAGCCGAAGGGCAAAGAUUACAUAUUCAAGUCUCAUUACAACAACAAAAAAGAGAUGCGUUAGUUGCAUUGUGGAUCUUGAGAUUGUGGAACAGUAUUGCUGAGAGCAGCGUACCAAAAUGA